AUGGCCAGCAACAAGCUCACCAAGGUCAACCAUGCGGCCGGCAUCUUCGCCGACAUGUCAGUCGACGGGCCGGCCAUCGGCACCCUCGUCGCCAUCAUUGAUCGCGCAAAGAAUUUACCCAAUCGCAAGACUAUGGGGAAGCAAAACCCAUACUGCGCUGCACGACUUGGCAAGGAAGCAAAGAAGACUGCAACAGAUAUGAGAGGUGGACAAACCCCGAGAUGGGACUUUGAAUUACGCUUCACCGUGCACGAGUCUCCGGACUACUUCAAACUGAAGGUUUCCGUGUUCAACGACGACAAAAAGACUGACCUGAUCGGUGAAACCUGGGUUGACUUGCACAACUUGAUCAUCCCAGGAGGAAGCCAGAAUGACCACUGGCAUACUCUGCAGUGCCGGGGUAGAUAUGCUGGAGAGAUUCGGAUCGAGAUGACCUAUUAUGACACCCGCGAGCAGGAUGAGAUGGUCAUUGAGCGACGAAAGGUGGCAGCGGAGAGAGUUCAGGGGAAGCCUACCAGUUCAUUAGGACCUGGUUCCUCGGGCUUGUCAGGCCCUCGGCAAUUGGAGAAGAUCAAGCGACGUCCUUUGCCAACCGAUCCAACAGGUGCAGCUCCUGCAAGACCGGCCACCCUUGAGAAAACCCAAUCUGCUCCGCCACCAUUGCAUCACCCAAUGCCGUCGCGGCCCGUCGUGGGAGAUCAUACCAACUCCAUGCCCCCAGCCGUGGGUUCAGAUACGCCUCGUCAGCCAGUCUCCCCCCCUCCUCGAAGUGGAUACGAUGCGCCAGAGGAUUACCAGGAUAUUCCACAGCCGGCUCCAAUGCUUCCUCCGGCAGGAAUGAUUCGUCGGGCUACGCAGGAACUUCCCUAUCCUUCCGACACCCAGUUUGACUCUCGCUCACAAGAGCCACCAAGUCAACAUGACUUUGGGGCCCCUCGAGACCAACGGCCUUCUCUGCAUGAGAUGGAUGGUCAUGCGAGGAAUUUUUAUGAGCCCGGGCCUCGAAGUCACGGUGGUUCAGGACAUACGGACCAACCCCGGUACCACCCCGAGUCCGAUCAAUAUGGCACAAUCGCAAACAAUUCGCCGCAAGUACCACCAGGAUACGGUCAUGAACUGCCGCCCUCUGAUUUCGCCCGCCCCACCUCCUCUUCGGGGCCGGCAGACGGUUCUCGGUAUUACUUACAGAAUGCCAGACAGUAUCACCCCGAGUAUGCGAAUAUGCAGCCGCGUGUCGAGGAUGAAGAAGAGGAUGGCCCCCCUCCUCCACCACCCGUUCAUCGAUCUAGGAUGGCACAGCCGUCCAGGUCGCCUGUCGGACCGCCCGCUGGAUCUUCUUUUACAUCUUACCCUCCUGACCACCUCGGCCAGUCAAGAUCACAACCAAACCCUAUGCCACUCAACAUAUCGCCGUCUUUGGGCCGAGGAGUCCCCCAAGACAUGCCUCCAGUUGAUGACGGAGCAGUGAUGCCUCCUAGUCUGGUGGCAGGAUACGAUCCUAUAAUAGCCGAUGACGAGUCUGAGAGGGCAAUUCACGAAAGCCGGGCUAUUCGAAGACGCAGUUCACACUUUGACGAUGAGAUGAUGAUUUCUCAAGCAGCCUCAUCCGCGCCUGUAACGGCACCGGUGCUUUACGGAGCUCCCAUUUAUCCUCUGCGGACAUCUCCACAGCCCGUGAAUGAGCGACCCACCUCCAGCAGAGGCGGUUCAGUCAGUCCAGACACACGGUCGGUGACUCGGAAAUCAGUCAGUCCGCAGCCGCCAUCUAUGGGUGACCGUGGCAGCAAUUCCUCCAUUCCAUACUCGCCCGACUCCUUUAAUGCCCUGAAUCCCAAUACUUCCCGUGCAGGAAGCCGAGAUCUUUCUCCCGCAUACGAUUCUCCCACUAAAACGAGGGCUGAGAGCGAACCGCCUCAGCACACAGGGCCCAUCAUUGGUGACGAUGGCCGCGAGAUUGAUCCGUCAGACCAUCUGCCUACGGAUACUUGGGCCCCCGAGCCGGAGAAGAAAACCCGUAAGCCUGAGGUUAUCAUCCGCUUCAAGCAUUCGGCAAGGCCAAGCUCCCGGGAUAAUGAAUCUUCUUCCCGCAAUGCCGGGCCACCGCGUGUGGGAUUCAAGAGCGUUCCGGACACGGGUAAACGGUACACGCCGAGCCACAUCUACGCAAGUCCGGAUCCUGUCGAGCGAACUCCACCUCGUGGACACGAGAGCCAUGACAACUACACGCACAGCAGAGGUUACAGUACCUCAACCUCCACGCCGACCUAUCGACCUACUUCUUCACACCGAAGUUCCGUAUCUCCAACGCCAGGCUCUCGUUCCCCGAUCUACGACUACAACCAGGGCCCUUCGAUCCCAUCAAAGGCCUCCAUCUCUCAGGUCCCUCCCCCAACCUAUCCCGUCAUGCCCAGCAACCCGAAUAGCGGCCACCCAGGUAUGGAUGCUCUGAGUCGAGAACUUCAGACCAUCAACAUUGGGUCAGCGGGAUGCAGCCCCGGGCGUGGUGCGACUCGAAAGUACGCGCCCAGGCCGUCGGUCACCAUGGGCUACGCCAACUGA